CAGGCUGUAUGUUUCUUAGUUUGGCUUGUAUGAGGCUCAGAUUCAGGAUAUGGAGAUGACCGUCGGAUCCCAAAGUACUUUGCCUAAUGGUUCGGUGAACAAUGAAAUCAUGCCGAGGUUGGGCUACAGCAUUCUGGCAGUAAUCAUUGGUUUCUUCUCCAUCUGUGGUGUCAUACUGAACGUGACCGUGAUCGCAGUGACUAUUAAACACAGACAGUUGCGUCAGCCGCUCAACUUUGCUCUGGUCAAUCUAGCAGUGGCAGAUCUCGGCUGCGCAAUGUUUGGGGGGCUGCCAACCACAGUGACCAACGCCAUGGGCUACUUCAGUCUGGGCAGGGUGGGAUGUGUGCUGGAAGGUUUUGCAGUGGCCUUUUUUGGUAUUGCUGGUUUGUGCUCAGUCGCGAUCAUAGCGGUUGAACGUUGUAUAGUGGUUUGCAGACCUGUAGGCUCAGUUACGUUUCAGACGAAGCAUGCGGUGAUGGGAGUGAUGGUCUCCUGGCUUUGGUCUUUUCUAUGGAACACUCCACCCCUCUUUGGAUGGGGUCGAUAUGAGCUGGAGGGUGUCAAGACAUCUUGUGCUCCAGAUUGGUACAGCAGAAACCCAGGAAACGUCUCUUACAUUGUGUGCUACUUUCUGCUCUGCUUCGCGCUGCCUUUCUCCAUCAUUGUCGUCUCUUACAUGCGUCUCUUAUGGACUCUACGACAGGUGAGCAAACUGAAAAUGUCUGAGGUUGGAAAUACAGCACGAGCAGAGACACAGGUGGCCUGUAUGGUGCUCAUCAUGGUAAUGGCCUUUCUACUGACAUGGCUGCCUUAUGCUGCUUUUGCCAUUUCUGUCAUCUUAAAUCCGAAGCUUUACAUUGACCCGAUCAUCGCCACAGUUCCCAUGUAUCUGACCAAGAGCAGUACAGUUUUUAAUCCAAUCAUCUAUAUAUUCAUGAACAGACAGUUUAGGGAGCAUGCUGUGUCGUUUCUGUUGUGUGGAAGAAGAGUUCGGUCUGCUGAAAGUAUGCUCUCAGAGGAGGAGACCACUGUGACCACCAUCAGCAAGAGUAACAGCAGGGUUUCACCUUCAUAAUUCACAACAAGUGUCACAGUCUCUUCACAGCAUCUAAACUUUCACAAACUUUACUGUUUAUUAUGUUUCAGACUUUACUGUUCCUCUUGGGGGUGAUUUCCUGGACAGAGUUUAUUUAAGUUAAUUCAGGACUAGACCUUAGUUAUAUUAGGACAUUUAGGUAGUUUUUACAAAUAAACAAUACUGGUGUGCAUCUUGAGACAAAACAAUGACACUGAUAUAUGUUAAAAUAUAUCAAUGCAGGGUGUUUUUAAAUUAAGACAUGCAUUUUAGUCUGGGGCUAGGAUAAGACCUGUCCAGGAAACUGCUCUUUGAUGUCUAAUCACUAAUGCUGUUUGCUGUCUGUUUGAUUUCAUGGAUUUAAUCUGAAGCAUUUUAAAAUGAUUUGGAGUGGCUGAAAGAUUGUGCCAAUUAAAUCUCUGUAAUCAUAUUAUAGUUCAUUUCUUAAGCUUUUACCAUAUGUGAGGCUUGUGAGAGUGUAUGUACAUUAAGCUGAUUAAAGAAAGACUUGACUUAUCUUAAGCCCGGUACACACCACAAGAUAAUCGAGACAAUCCUAGGUAAAGUCCCGCUCGUCUAUGUGGUUGAACCGAUUAUCUUAUCAGGUUUUCCUGUGGUGCACGGUGUGUUAAAGGACAAGUUGGGUAUUUUACACUUAAAGCCCUGUUUUCAGAUUGUUUAUGAUGACAUAGAACGGUUUUGAC